AUGGUUUUUGAGGAGAUAUCAAUGAGAGCUAGCAAUGUUGUGGCUCAACUGUUCCGCAAAAAGACAUUUGCACGCGGAGCAGAACUGCAAUCGGAGCUCAAAAGAUGUCUGGGACCGAUAGAAGUAAUGUUCAUAGCUGUCGGCCAAAUGGUCGGGGCAGGUCUUUAUGUUUUGGCUGGCACUGUUAUAUUCAAGCAAACGGGUCCAUCAGUCAUCCUCUCAUUUCUAUGUGCAGGUUUUGCCGCUCUAAUGUCAGCAUUCAGCUAUGCUGAAUUCGGUGCAAGGUUUCCUCGAGCUGGUAGUGCUUACACUUACACCUACAUCGGAAUAGGAGAACUAUGGGCAUUCGGAAUUGGAUGGACUGUCAUACUCGAGUUGAUGAUUGGUAACGCAGCUGUCGCAAGAUCUUGGUCUGGCUACCUCGACGCGCUGACGAAUCGUGCCAUUAGCAAUUACACAUUGGAGACACUAGGCACACUUAGUUCGGGUGAAGGUUUCUUUGGCCGCUAUCCCGAUGUCCUAUCAUUUGCGCUGAUCUGUGUCACUUCUGUGAUAGUGGCUCUCGGUUCAAAGUCGUCCGCUGGAGUCAAUGCUGCCUUCGUCAUUCUGAAUCUUCUGAUGAUUGCAUUCAUAUCGAUUUACGGUUUAACAUUUGCAAACUUCUCACUAUGGGUAGGAACUGACGAAGAUGGAAAAUCGAGAUUUUUCCCCUUUGGAAUCGGUGGAACGUUGUCUGGUGCUGCCACUUGUUUCUUUGCUUUCGUGGGUUUUGAAGCCCUUGCCUCGGCUGGAGAAGAAGCGAAAAAUCCAAGAAGAACCAUUCCAAUAGCAACCUUCGGGUCCCUUGGAUUGGUGACAUUUGUCUAUGUCUUAACCUCUGGGACCCUCGCGUUAAUGCUUCCAUAUAAAGAGAUCAAUCCUGAUGCUGCAUUUUCCGACGCCUUCAGUGUCAAGGGUGCCACCGUGUCCAGAUACAUUAUCACAGUAGGAGCACUUGCUGGAAUGUUCAACAACUUGCUGAGUGGAUUGUUCUCACUUCCACGAUAUGUAUAUGCUAUGGCCGACGAUGGGCUUUUAUUCGUCUUCCUUGCAACCAUCAGUCGAUUCACUAAGGUACCACUGAAUGCGAUUUUCGUCUUUACCAUUUUGAAUGCAGCUAUUGCUUUGAUAUUCGACUUGGAGACGCUUGUCGAGUUCCUUUCUAUCGGUACUCUUUCGGCCUAUUCGAUGGUCUCGGUUUGUGUUCUGAUCCUUAGGCACCAGGCUGCUCCGAUCGACGGCGACCCAGAAAGGCUCGAUACAGGCGGUAGAAUCAAAAGAUGGGUACCUUUCCGAAACUUCUGGGAAAGCCUCCCUAAUGGCAGAUCUAUUGUCAUUGCUGUGGCAUCUCUGAUAUUUGGCUAUUUUUGGCUCGCCUUCACAAUUCGCUCAGGUGUCAUGAACUCAAUACCUGGUUACAUUUCUCUCGGAUUGAGCAUUCUUUUCACUAUUUUGGCAUUUAUCUUCAUUUGUGGACAUGAGCAGAAUUCGCUCGAGCUAUAUUACCGGGUGCCCUUUGUUCCAUUUAUUCCGAGCUUAGGACUACUUAUCAACUGCUUCAUGAUGGCGUUUCUUGAAUAUCUAACGUGGAUCCGUUUCUUCAUAUGGAUGUUAAUAGGCAAGUUUUCAAAAAUUUUUCUCAACUGCUUCACCUUCAGUUCGGAAUAUAGCUUUACACAUGAAAAGGAUGUUGAUUGUAUUACUAAGAACCAAAGCAUUUCAAAGAUAGAAACGGGUUGCUUGUAA